GCUGUCACUGUCAGCCUGACGAGUGACGAUUUAUUUUUAAUGUAAAUAAACAGAACAGAUAUUUAUUUUUAUUUUAUUCCAUUAUACUUUUAAACCUAAUUUAGAAAGAAAAAUCACGAUUACCCUCCCCUGUCAUGAUAGGAACAUAUUAUUUCGUUAUAGUGGGGCACAGGGACAAGCCCUUAUUCGAAAUGGAAUUUACCAAUACAAAAGACCCUAAGAAAGAAGAUUACAGACAUCUCAACCAAUUUAUAGCCCAUUCCGCGUUGGAUCUUAUAGAUGAACACAAAUGGAAAAGUCAAAAUAUGUAUCUCAAAUCGGUGGAUAAGUUUAAUCAGUGGUUUGUCUCCGCCUUUGUUACUGCGAGUCUCAUAAGAUUUGUUAUAGUCCAUGAUAACAGGAAUGAUGAUGGUAUCAAGAACUUUUUUAAUGAGAUUUACGAAGCCUAUAUUAAACAUUCCAUGAACCCUUUUUAUGAGGAGAAUACACCAAUAAAAAGUGUAGCCUUUGAAAAGAAGGUGCAGCAAUAUGGGAAGAAAUAUUUGGCAAACUAGGAGUACUUAGAUGUUAAUAUUGUUAAUAUUUAUUGUGAAAUACAGUGUGCUUGUUCUAAACAAUUAAUUAUACAGAUACAGAAGACUGUAGAAUUACAAGCAGCAGUUUACAGGAGAUUUGCUUAACUACCAGGACUUUUUUUAUAAAUUAUACAACACAUUUUGUAUUUUAGCCAGAUUAAUUUAUGCAUUUUUAUGUUUAGUAUUCCAUCAUUUAUGUAUCUUUUGGAACUAUCUAGAUUUCAAAUUUUUAUUGAGGAGUGAUGAGAUACUUUAAGGAAAUGAAUGUGAGUGAAUAAUUUCAUACGAGAACUAACUCAUUUUUACCUUUAUGUUGUUAUUUAAAUACUUUAUUUAUAUACAUAUUGUAUAUGUUGUAAAUAUAAGUUCUUGUUAAAAUAUGUA